AUGGGACAGAAUACACAGGCGUCCCAAGAUAUGGUGGCUGUUGGUCCUGUUGCUUCAGGCGAAGGCGUCCCAAUGCGUUGGAACCAUCUGAAAGUUUAUGUGUUAGUCUCGGCCGUUCUCAGCUUGUAUUUCUGCGAACUGUUGUGCAUCAUAGGCGGAGGCUUCCUAGCUCCACAAGUUGCGGCUGUCAUCGGUGGAAUGAGCUUGGUCGCCUGGCCAUCUUUGGUAUCAAUCUUGUUUACCGUAGCUCUGGGAGCAAUCAUCUGUCAAGCCUCAGAUUACUGGGGAAGAAAAUGGUUCUUAAUCAUUCCAAACAUUGGAGGAAUCAUCGGUUGCAUCAUAUCAGCCCGUGCAACAUCAAUGGGCAUGUACAUCGCUGGAUUUUGUGUUGGAGGCUUGGGAUUCGGCUCACAAGGCUUGUUCUUGGCCGUGGUGUCAGAAGUACUUCCACGAGAACUUCGUCCUUGGAGUCAAGCUGGUGCUAAUUUUGUUAAUGCUUUCGGUUCAAUUUUUGCACUCAGCGUUGGUGGUUAUCUGGUCCAGGCUGGCCCUGAAGGGUUCCGAACCUACCUCUACAUCACUGCAGGAAUCUAUGCUGCUUCCGUGGGUCUUGUUACAGUUCUCUAUAAUCCACCACCGAGAAAUUUACAAACUGCUCUCAGCUUCAAAGAAAAGAUCCGCUCCCUCGACUGGAUUGGGUACAUUCUUUUAGCAGGUGGAACCAUCCCUUUCUGCCUCGGACUGUCCUGGGCUCAGAAUCCUUAUACUUGGAAGAAUUCUCAUGUCCUGGGUCCAUUGUUAGUUGGAAGCGUUUUGCUCAUCAUCCUUGGCAUCUAUGCCUGGAAGUUCAACAAGACUGGCCUCUUCCAUCACCAGCUAUUCCAUCAUCGAAACUACGUUAUCUCCUUGGCUGCUCUCGCUGCCGAGGGAUCUUCCUACAUGGCUGCUGGAAUAUACUUUCCCGCUUCACUAAGCGUUGUCCGGGGUGCAACAAUGAGUCCUUAUAGGCAAUCACUAUGUUACAUGGUCGGGUUCUGCAGCUUUGCUGUCAUCACUCUGGUGACAGGUCUCUACGUCGCCAAGACCAAGACAGUACGAUUGACCGGGGUAUUGACAUUUGUGAUGAUGCUGUGUUUCUAUAUUCCGAUGGCGACAGUCAAUCUGAACACUCCAGAGGCCAAUUUUUGGGGCUACAUUUGUUUCUUUGGUGCCGGUCUGGGACUGGCUUUCGUCACUUUCUUCACGGCAGCUCAGUUUGCAACAGCACCUGAAUUAAUUGCUGUCACUACAGGCCUCGGCGUUAGUAUUCGAAGCUUCGGAGGAUCUGUCGCACUUGCAAUAUUCAAUGCACUGGCCGCGAGCGGUUAUAGCAAGAAUGUUCUCUCACAAGUGACAAAUGGAGUUGUACCCUUGGGUCUACCAGAGGAGACCAUCGGUCCUCUCAUUGGAGGACUGGCCGCAGGUAACAUGAGCUUGGUGGAAGGCUUGACUGGUAUCACACCUGCGAUUGUCGAAGCUGCCAGCCUUGGGAUGAAACAGGCAAGGCUUAUUGGUUUCAGAGACGUAUUCAUUUGCGCGUCCUGUUUCUCCUUCUUAGCUAUGAUCGCAUCUGCUUUUUUGAAUAACCCUACUUCGGAGUUCAAUAAGAAAAUCGAUGCGCCCAUUGAGGCUGCUGAGCAGCGUAUCAAUGAUCCGGAAGAUCAAUCUAAAAUCGCCCACGAGCUACAAGUAGAGUAUCGUGGGAACAGGGACUAA